AAUCGGAGGGUGCUUUGCGAAGGACCCCGAGCCUAUCGCAGAGGUGGUUCCUCUUCCGCUCCGGCAGUUUGAAACCGUCGGUGCCGGCGGCCGGCGCGGCCGCAGCCGCAGACUUUGUGCAAAAUGUCAUCGGAUGAGGAGAGAAGCACAAGUCCAGUUUUGCCAAAAGACUUUAUUCAGGAAAGUUCUAUUUCUACAGAUCCUCAGAUUUGUCACUGGAUGCUGUCUUUUGACACUUUCUGUUGGCGCGUAAGCCAGGAUGAAUAUGAAGAGCUGUUUCGUUAUACUAUAGUGACUCCGAAGUUUGAGCAGUGUGUCUCAAAGUUGCCAGAACUUGCCCCAGAACAGAGAGCACCUGACAGAAUUGCAAGGGUUACAGAUGAUGCCAGUCACCAUAAGAUUCCAGUCUCAACAUCAGUGAAGCAAGCUGUUAUGGAUCAACCUGCUGUUUCGGAGGCAACUUCUUCUCAGGAGUCCACACAUGGCCCAAGAGAAGUCAUCAACACCACAGUGAUCGAAUUAACUGCACCAGAUGAAAAAGUUACUCAGAUAGAAAAUAUACUUGAUCUCUGGAGUGGAAGUCUUAAGACAAAUAUUCUGACUGAACUGAAAAAUUGGAAACUUAAUUUGGUUCAACAUCACAAGCUUCAAAUGAGACAAGAGAAAGAGAAACAUGAUGCACAAGUGAAACAACUGCAAAAUGAGAUGGAAAACCUGAAGGAGUUACUUCAUACUUAUGAAAUCUCUAUUACCAGGAAAGAUGAGGUAAUUACUAACUUGACUCAAGCAUUAGAAAAGCAAAAGGAGAGAGUAGAGGUGAUGAAAAUGUUUGCGCUGUGGCGGAUUCAGCAUGUUAAAGCCAAACAAGAGGAAUAUGCAAUUAGAAUGGCAGAUAAACAUUUCCAGACAGCUUUGAUGAAGAAAGUUUGGGCAGCGUGGCGAUCUGUUAGUGAAGAAAGAUGGAAAGAAAAAGUAACAAGAGCCUGUCAGUUAAGGGCAGAAGAUAUCUGUGUCCAGCUUACCAAUGAUUUUGAAGCCAAAAUUGCAGAGUUAACUGCUAGUUUGGAACAGACAAAAGCUGAGGUUCUGCGACUGCAUAGUGAACGAGAUCAGUAUGAAGACACCAUGAAGAAAGCCUUUAUGCGUGGUGUAUGUGCUUUGAAUCUGGAAGCAAUGACCAUGUUUCAAACCAAGGACAGUAGGCCAGAUCCUGAUAUAGGAAGCAGGAGAAAUGAUAAUGCUACCACCAGUGCAGGAAGGCCACCUCCUUCACAAUAUAAUCAAACCUCACCACCACCUCCACCAGCGGCUGUUCUUCAGAUGGAAAACAUGUUUUCUAGCCACCUGGCUCAUGCAAGCACUCCUGAGACCAGGCUAGAUUCUGAUUCUCCAGUAAUCAUCACUAGCACAACAUCUGGUGUGACAUCAACUCAAAAACUGCCCAUGGCAAAAGUAAUAACAUCUGCACAACAGAAAGCAGGAAGAACAAUCACUGCUCGAAUCACAGGCCGAGCUGAUAUGGGACAAAAAUCCAGAGCUUGUGGCAGUUUAGCAGUGAUGGGAGUUUCUCCACCCGUGAGUACAGUCGUUGUUGAGAAACAUCAUCCAGUCACUCAGCAAACCAUAUCACAAGCCACUGCUGCUAAAUAUCCUCGAACUGUGCUUCAUUCUUCUGGCUCCACCACUGUGAGAUCUGCAGGACAAGCUGGGCGAGUGCUUCAGGGCCAAAGCCAUACCAGUGUUCAGUCAAUAAAAGUUGUUGACUGAGUGACUAUCUUUCUCACUGGUAGGGGUUUUUAAUCAAGGUACCUCUUCCCAGUCUUUUCAGAUUUGAUGCAUAAGGCCUAAAGUACAUAUCAUGUUUUUAUCUUUUUCUAAAAAAGGAAGGUUUUGUUAAGUAAAAGUGCUUUUAUAAUAAAACCUGGAGGGGAAAACAGAACUUGAACUAUUGUUCUACCUCCCAACUUUUAUUUUUAAGACAAACACUUUUUAUUUAAGGAAUCUUUUGCACACUUUUAAAUAAAGGAUACCGUGUGA